CAGAAAUUGAUGCGACUGUAUAUUUGUGAAGUUUACCCUAGGGUUUACCAGAUCGAAUGGCCCAUCAAUUGUACAGCUACGCCCAUCACACCACCUACGCAGCCCCCUCCGCCGUGUCUCCAGCUCCGCCGUCACAGAGCAGCCUCUCCUCCCUCUACGGCGCUGCCUCCGACGCCCUCACUGAGCCGUACCUCCCCCAUUCGACGUUUCGCUACUUGGGUCGCGACGGAUCCGAGUAUUUAAGCAAGUAUCCCUCUUCCCUAGCUUCGUCUUCUUUGUCGGCGUCCACCAUGUAUCACCACCUGGCGAACACGACGGCCUCGCAUUUGGGGUACUCGCAGCUGCUGCAACAUCAGGACAAGUGGCCUCCUGGCGUCGAGGUUCCCACCGCUUCCGGCGUCGAGCCCCUUCCUCCCGGCGUCAAACGCACCUCUGAAGCACUCUACUAUCCAACUGUCUUGGGUGCCCAUAACUCAAUUGGUCAAACCGAAGCUUGGUAUACUACAGACUAUUUAACCAAGCGCCCUAAGUUGGAGAGUACAAGCCAUUUGCCUAUAUAUCCACAGAGGCCGGGGGAGAAGGAUUGUACCCACUAUAUGCAAACAAGAACAUGUAAAUUUGGGGAUAGCUGCAAGUUUGAUCAUCCUAUUUGGGUUCCUGAGGGGGGAAUCCUAGAUUGGAAAGAGGCACCACUUGCGCCAAAUGAAUCGUACCCUGAGAGACCAGGAGAACCAGAUUGUCCUUAUUUUGUGAAGACACAACGCUGCAAGUAUGGUUCUAGGUGCAAGUUUAAUCAUCCUAAAGCACUUACUACAGGCACUUCAGAAAAUCCCGAUGCAUUGCCUGAUAGGCCCUCCGAGCCCCCAUGCGCUUUCUACAUGAAGACUGGAAAAUGUAAAUUUGGGCCAACCUGCAAGUUCCACCACCCAAAGGAUAUCCAGAUAUCAUCUUUUGAUCAAGAGAAUGGUAGCAGUGAGGGGUUGACCAGUGAUACCAAUGCCGCCAACAAGCCACCCAUCACAUUCAACCCAGCAUUGUACCACAACUCCAAAGGACUACCUGUUAGACCUGGUGAAGUCGACUGUCCGUUCUAUCUCAAAACAGGAAGUUGCAAGUAUGGACACACUUGCCGCUACAAUCAUCCGGACAGGACGGCAUUUAUACCACCAGUUGCUGGAGUAACAUAUCCUCUAGUGGCAUCGACAGCUGCAAAUCUUAACCUCGGGGUUGUUACUCCAGCUGCCUCCCUUUAUCAGACUCUGGCUCAACCCACGAUUGGUGUGGUCCCAACUGUCUACCCUCAGCGACCUGGACAAGUGGAAUGUGACUACUACAUGAAGACGGGGGAAUGCAAGUUUGGAGAAAGAUGCAAGUUCCAUCACCCGAUUGACAGAUCUGCUGCCGCAACUAGCAAACAGUCUUCACAAGAGAAUGUGAAGUUCACUCUUGCAGGGUAUCCCAGAAGAGAGGGUGCAGUUCAUUGCCCUUAUUACAUGAAGACAGGGAUGUGUAAGUACGGGGCAACAUGCAGGUUUGAUCACCCUCCUCCGGGUGAGGUCAAGGGAAAGACAGCUUCAUCUGGAGGUGGCCCAGAAGCCGAUGUCCAGUGAGCAAAGGUUGGAGCUUUGUGCAGAGUACGUGAACAUGGUGCUGUUGUAGUUUCAUUUGCUUCCCCUUCUGGUGGCACAUAUAUAAAUUCGCGUUGAAUCGGGAACGUCUUCCUUGGCUCUCGCGUCUGUUCAACUGCGUUUCUGUUGUCUGGGAAUCUUAGGUGGUUAAUGUCACGCCAGCUUUUCUCCUUCUCGGCAAAUCAGUUUAUACUUUUCGCGUAACAUUACAAAUAACGUGGAAUCUGAAUCGUUUAUAAAUCGCAUUGUGUCGGAAGCAUGGUUAAAAUUUUACCUUUUUUAUCUGAGAAAUACCAUGGAUUAUGUUCCCUUUUAA